CCUCCUCCCUCACUACUGUAACUGAGCCAACAGCGACCUCCUCCCUCACUACUGUAACUGAGCCAACAGCGACCUCCUCCCUCACUACUGUAACUGAGCCAACAGCGACCUCCUCCCUCACUACAGUAACUGAACCAACAGUGACCUCCUCCUUCACUACAGUAACUGAACCAACAGCGACCUCCUCCUUCACUACAGCAACAGAACCAACAACGACCUCCUCUCUCACUACUGUAACUGAGCCAACAGGGACCUCCUUCACUACAGUAACUGAACCAACAGCGACCUCCUCCCUCACUACUGUAACUGAACCAACAGGGACCUCCUCCUUCACUACAGUAACAGAACCAACAGUGACCUCCUCCCUCACUACUGUAACUGAGCCAACAGCGACCUCCUCCCUUACUACAGUAACUGAACCAACAGCGACCUCCUCCCUCACUACUGUAGCUGAACCAACAUCGACCUCCUCCCUCACCACUGUAGCUGAACCAACAUCGACCUCCUCCCUCACCACUGUAACUGAACCAACAACGACCUCCUACCUCACUACUGUAACUGAAAUAACAUCGACCUCCUCCCUUACUACUUUAACUGAACCAACAUCGACCUCGUCCCUCACUACUGUAACUGAGCCAACAUCGACCUCCUACCUCACUACUGUAACUGAGCCAACAUCGACCUCCUACCUCACUACUGUAACUGAACCAACAUCGACCUCGUCCCUCACUACUGUAACUGAGCCAACGGCGACCUCCUCCCUCACUACUAUGAGGGAGGCUUCAAGCCACGUACACACACCAGUAACAACAGAGCUCACUUCAUCUACUAGUACGACAACCCCGGCGCCUACAACCGCCACAACCUCUCCACCUCCUGCGGUGUGUGACGACACAUUUGUUAGCGACGAUGACAAUCACCAGGCUGUUAAUCCCAGCUUGUCCGGUUGCGACGUCGAGAAUUUCGAACGCUGCCAGAGGGACGAGAGCGGCCAGGCACGGUGCCUGUGUAUGGCCGGCUACCAGAAGUCCAGCUACGUGGCUGGCUCCACCUGCAAAGAGUUGAAGAACCACGAGACCCAGAUGACCGUCCAGGACACACCCUGGGACCUCCAGUACUGCAACAACACUUCCCCGUUAUAUCAAGACCUCUUGAAAACCAUCCAACACCUGUACCUGACGGCGGCCACAGAAGGCAACAUGCUGGACCAGUACCAGAACUUCACAGAGAUGGUGGUGUACCCUGAGGGUGACCCCGAGGGCUGCGACGCCCAGCUCCUGGCCCCCCGGCCCCCGCAUGCUGCCAGGAAGAGACGCCAGGCUGAGUCAGUGGGUGCGGCGCCCACUGCUCCUCCCAACUCCCAGCACUACUCUACCAGACUCAGGAGGAACACACCUAAAAGAUGGCAAGCGCCUGAAGCUGUUCAGGCCACGGCGGUGACAACUGAGAGGUUGGUGGUGACUGGCAAGGUCGUCCUCAGGAAGACAGACAACUAUAACGCCACUUCCAACGAGCAGUUGCAGGAGGCCAUUAUUGCCGUCAUUAACGACAACAACACAGACACUGACCUUAAAGUUGAUCCUGGGACCGUCCAAGUGAAUGAUGCGGAGGCGAUGUUGUGUGACAGAGACGUGUUUUGUAACAGCAAUAAUGCCUUCUGCGUGAACGAGACCGACCAGUUCAACGUGUCUCAAGGUCGAUGUCAUUGCAACUCCUCCUUCCAGGACGUCUCCCCAAACAAAGACACCAACCCGGGGGAAAUCUGUAUAGUGCCCUGCACCACUGACUUCUGCUCCAGAGGUGGCCACUGUGAAAUUGACAUGUACAGCCAGUUCUACAAUCACUACUGCAACUGCCUCGCCUGGUACUUCAGAGGAGAGAGGUGCUCCACCGACCUGAGAAUCGUAAUUGGAGUAGUUGUGGGCGCUGUGGUGGUGGUCGGGGCGGUGCUCACCGUCGUCUUCUGCAGGAGGAGGUGGUACGGGAGCUGGAGCCUCCACGAUGACCAGUCUUCCAUCGUCUCUGGCUCUGCCAUGCACGAGGGUCACUACAACGAGGCCUACUGGACCCUCAGCAGGAACCCCGAGGUGAUACACGAGGGCCCCCAGGACGGAAGUGAGGGGCCCCCUAUAGGGCGCCCCGUCCUCAUCCCCCGCCCGGCCCUCAGCCCUCAGGUGCCCAGCGACUUGUUGCUGGAUCCGGACCUGAGAUUAUCUGGAGCUGGAAGUGACGCAACUCACCAGGACUGGUACAUUAGCCAGAACAUUCCUCGACCUCGUCUCAGCUUGUAGCAUGUUGACGAAACAGAGGAGUAACAAGCUGCUGUGUGUCGCCCUCUGGAGGAUGUGUUUCCUGGACGCCUCCACAGCGCUGCUCUACCAUGGCACACAACGACCCUGUUGGCUGAAGGUGCUUUUUGAUUCACAUCACUGCUCGCUACAUGGAGCCUUCAUUUGAUAAUCACUUAGUUUACAGUGAUCAUACCAGCACUGCAUCGCCAUACAAUAUUUGAAUUCCUCCCACAGCAACUCAGUUGGUCUUUCAGUGUUUGCAGCGUGGAUGCAUCUGAAGGCAAGCCACUGGUGACCUACGCAGGACUGGGUACUGCAGACCUAGAAUGAUAUGAAGAUAGAGAGUACCUCAGACGUCAGCAGCAGAGAUGCUCUCACGCGGAUGUCAGAAUUAGAGAUACUUGACUUGGUGUACGUAAGUCUCUCUGCAAGAGAGAGAGUCGUAGUGAAUCAUGUUGGAAUCUAGUUGAAGGCCAUAGAGGGCCAAGUGUGAAGGUACGUGGGCUUCACUCCCAAGUGAAGUGCCAUAGUGGACCGUAUGGACAACAAAGAGGUCCGAGGGUGCAGAAGGUGUGGACCUCAUGAGUGACACUGGUGCGCCGUGUACGUCGCAGAGAAAUUGAAAUUGAAAAUGAAAUAAGUUUAUUGAGGUAAAACACACACAAAGGGAUGAGGUAGCUCAAGCUAUUCUCACCCCGUUCAGUACAUCGUGUUAAUACAUACAUAGACACACAUCACAAGCAAUAAACGUAUUACCGAACAUUCUGAGAGAUAAACAUACAUUUCCUAACGUCGCAGAGUGAAGGGCUGCGUGGUAAGAUGUGGUCUUAAGAAGACUUACAAUUUCAUGACAGGAUAAUGUAAUCUUGAGCCAGUAAUACCAAGCCCAAACAAUUUUGGCUCCAAGUGAAGAUCCGGUAAUCGCCUAAACCCAGUAAUCCUGUAAUAAAGCCACGAUACCCCUUUAUCAUGACACAGUAAGCCUUAACUCUAGACCUGGUAAACCCUUAAUCAUAGCCUAAUGAGCCCUUAAUGAAGGUAUAAUAACUUACUAAUCAACUCAUCAUCCCUUAACAUGAUGUAAUACCCUUGUAUUACUACCCCGUCAUAGUGUCUCACACACCUCACCUCCUCACUAACUUGCCAUUUAUAUUCUUCCACUAUAAUUAGUCUUUAUUUUGUCCGAUGAAUCUACCAAAAAUGUUAGAUAUUAAUUCUCGUUUGUCGGGGACAGGAAGCCUGUGUUUAGGAUUACCCAGAUCCCCCUGGGUCAACUACUGACCUUCUCCAGGAUGCAAUCCACAACAGUUGCCUAACUCUCGGGCACUCAUUUUAAUAGUAGGUGAAUAGGUGCAUUAGGUGAAAGGAAACGUGUCCAACACUGUUUCACUCCUGCCCGAGGAUUGAGCUCGAUUCCCUUGAUUGUCAGCCGAGCACGUAGACCACUGUGCUACGGGACCCAUCAUACGGAAUGAUCUAAGAAGAGUUGCUCCACGGGGCCUCUUAUGGGAAGGUUAUAUAAUACUUUGUACUAUAAAAAACAAUUGGACCACUUGGACUGGACGGAAGAUCGAGCGACGGUCUCGCUACAUGCAGGUCGGCGUUCAAUACCCGACCGUCCAAGUGGUUGGGCAACCUUCCUUUCCCCCCGUCCCAUCCCACAUCCAUAUC